CAAAGUGGGUUUGUUUUUUCGAAAUGGAUAUUUUAGGCCAUCUCGGGGCGCCUAACAAACCAACUCGCAAAGUUGGCAAUGAGCAAGCCACCAGCCACAACACAACGGGCAGUGAAGUAUGGUCCACGAAGCUCACAAAUCCACUGCAGGAGUUCAUUUGGAUGACACUGGGAACAGAGUUGUUGGUGGUUCGCAACGUUCAGAUGGCUCUGUACGGCGUGUUGUGAAAGUACGACCCGGCUUUACGCCCUUGGAGGAUACCAAGAGAGUCAACGUGCGUGAAAUGAGAGGAGUAAGGACCCAGGAUGAACCAAUCAGCUGUUCGAGGGAUGUUAGCAAAGGCACCCGUGCUCCGAAAGCAUUUGGCGGCCUUGAGAGCCUGCUUCGAGCUAACAAGGCUAGAAAUGAGGCGAGUCAAUGCUCAAAUAGAACCAGGGCUACAGUGGUGGAACAUUCUGGUCCUGAUGAUCUUGGUGUCAAUGAAAUCACCAAGGAGCUCCAAGGCAUGGGCAUUGAGAACAAACCUCUGGAGGAUGAAUCCGAUAGGAAGAUACUCUCUUCCGGAGGAAAAGAGGUUCAACCAAAGGGUCAAAGCACUGGUGGGAAGAGAGCCCCAUAUCGUCCACCAAGAGCUACAAAGGAGCAAUUGAAACGUUGAAAUAAGCUUAACAUCUCACCCAAAAUAUCUUUCAAUCUACUUUAAAAUACAAAGUGUCAAACACCAUUAAAUGUUGUCGUUGUUGAACAUGUUUUUGUAUGUACAGGUACCAUAGAAUAACUCCUCUCUCGUGCAUGUCUACUUUCUCC